AUGUCAAAAUUGCAGAUUGUUGCUUCAAAAGAGGAGGAAUUUGUCGAUCAAUGUAGGAGACUAAGUACAAUGAAAAGAUCAAUGGCCUUGAGCUAUGGUAUAGUAACAUGGCAAUUAUGGGUCAUACAACAGGGUACAGCUCUAGGUAUAGUGGACAAGCAACUUGUUCGAAGCACCAUUCAAUGUGCAAUGCAUUGCUGCUUACGGAAUGCUUUGUGUACACUACAAUUGGAAUCGUAA